AUGGCUCAAUUAGUUAGGGAACACGGGGAGCACGGGGAGCACGGGGAGCGUGAUGAGCACAGGGAGCAUGGGGAGCAUGGGGAACACAGGUCCAAGUCUCUGCGGCACAACCAGCUCACGGGCUCCAUUCCCCCAUCCAUAGGCCAGCUCACAGCACUCUCUGAAUUGUACCUGGAUUCCAAUCUCCUCUACGGCCCUAUCCCCGACACCAUCACCAACCUCUCCCUCCUCUCUGCCCUGUAUCUAGACAACAACCUACUGUCGGGCCCCGUCCCUCCUGCCAUUGGCAAUAUUCGCCCCCUCAUGGACCUGUCUCUGAGCGACAACCAACUAAACGGGUCUAUCCCGGACUCUAUCAGCAACCUCACCAAACUCGUGCUGCUCUACCUGUCCAACAACUCGCUCUCUGGCUCCCUGCCUACAUCCCUCAAGAUGCUGCCUCACCUCCUCGAACUCGAGUUACAUCACAACAACCUCUCGGGCAUCCUACCCAACGCGCUGGGAGGCCUUGCCAACCUCGUCGUGCUCAACCUGGGGAACAACGAGCUGUCGGGCACCAUUCCGACCAUCAUUGGCCAACUCACAGACCUCAUGAACAUCUCACUGCAUUCGAACCAUCUGACUGGUCCUCUCUCCCCAGAGCUCUUCAGGCUUCCCAAGCUGCAACGCCUGGACCUGAGCCACAACAUUCUCACAGACUCCAUACCCGACACCAUCAGCAAUCUCGUCAGCCUCGAGUAUCUGGAGCUCUCAGCCAACGGGCUGUCAGGCAGCAUUCCAUCGGCACUGGGAAAGCUCACUCUGCUUGAAAACAUUGACCUGCGCACCAACAACAUAGAGGCAUCCAUACCAGCCACGCUCGGCAAUCUCAUGAACCUCCGAGUGCUGGAGGUGGAUCAGCCCGAGGUGUACUGCCUAUCAGGCGACGUGUACUGCGAGGUGCCUCAGAACGACUCCUCGCUCUUCUGCCGCAAGUGCUCCUCCUUCUGCACUUCAUGUCUACCAGGCAUGCCCCCUGUUCGCAACACAAGCUCACCCGCUCCUUCCCAGGCAUCAUCACCACCAGCACCACAAUCAGCAUCACCUACACCAGCAUCCCCCAAGCGCAUGUCUGGCGGGGUGAUAGCAGGGAUAGUGAUUCUCUCUGUGACAGCUUUCUGCUUGCUGCUGGGGCUUGCUGUGAUGUACAGCAGAAGGCACAAGUCCUCGCCCCAUGAAACGGACCCCUUGUCAGCGACUACGACUGAAAUCACGCCUGUGGCGGCAGACAGGCGCGAGUACGAAAGAAUGAACGACAACUCUCGGAAAAUACAGUGUCGAUCAGCUGUGCCCAUGUAA